GCGAUCUGCAGGGCGUCACCACGGCGGCUCCGGCCUGUCGCGCGCUGCUGCAGGCAUGUACGGGCAUUCUCAUGAUCCGUCGGCCAUUGGCUUCCUUCCCUGUCGCCAGUACAUGAAUUCCUUGCCUUCCCGCGUUGUUCCAACACGACCGUCGCACUCGAUAUGCAAACGGCGCCAUUUUAUUAACUUGCCAGAGACUCGGGCGCUGCUCGACAGUAUGCCUCUAUAAGUCGCAACGUGCCCGCCCUCGACUCCCCAAACCACGCCUCCCCAAAAGCUCUGCCCACCCCCUCGCCAUUCCACCAGCAACCAUGUGCACCCGCGUAAUACACACCUACGGCUGCGGGCACCAGGUCGUGGAGAAGGCGCCGUGUGCCACCUCGAGGAGCGCCGCCUGCGGUGUCCUCAACACCAAGCACGUCAAGCACGACGAAAAGUGCGACAGCUGCGAUGGAUGACAGCCACGCGACCCUCCUCCACUCCGCAUCUCAUGCAGUAUAGAAGAAACAGAAACGCAGGCCGUUCCUUAACCAUCACCAUCAUCGUCAUCACAUGGCUGCUUCCUCUCCGCGGGGGACCGCUGCUCACCACAAACACCAACACCAACACUACCACCAAUUACUUUUUGGCACGACACGAGCAUGGGAUGGCGUCACGGAGACAAAAAGUGCAGGCGUUCCAAUGGCAUAGGAGGCCGUCGCAGACGGUCACAAGGCUGGCGUUCACCAGGGUGCUUCUUUCAUGUUGUUUUUCUCUAUUGCUCCGGCACCCUUUUGGAAAGCUGUAAUGUUUCGUCUUGUCUGUGGCAUCAUGGGAGCUUGGAACGGCGCUGGAAAUUGUCUUCUUUUAUUUUACCUUUUACCCCUCUUUGCCUCGUCUCCGUCCGCGCAAAGCGUAGAGUACCGUCAAUUCAGGCGCGGCACGUCUGUCGC